AUGAUGGCAAGUCAACUUGUAAAACCUGAUACUAGAAAUUGCAAGAGACCAAGAGAGUUAGAGCCUCAAAUGCCAGAUAGUCCACAGCUGUCCUCUCUUGGAAAAUCAGAUUCUUCUUUGUCUGAAAGCUCUGGACUAUUUUAUAAAGAUGAAGCUCUGGAGAAAGACUUGAAUGAUAUGAGCAAGGAAAUUAAUCUAAUGCUGUCAACAUAUGCAAAGAUCUUAAGUGAGAGAGCAGCAGUAGAUGCAUCUUAUAUUGACGAGAUAGAUGGACUCUUCAAAGAAGCCAAUACUAUUGAAAACUUUCUAAUACAGAAGAGAGAGCUCCUGAGACAGAGGCUUACAGUGAUUGCAAACACUCUACACAGAUAA